AUGUCGAACGAUACCAGUCCAAGUGAAGAUGAUUCAGAAGCAGGCACUUCCAGGCAAGGGAGUUCAAGCAAGGCCACUCCACACGAUGACUUAUCUGACGAUGAAGACUCCCACGACGAGGUCUUCCAGAAUGAGUUCUCUCACGAUACCACUCCAGGCACUUCAGGUGAUGGCACCUUAGACGAUGGGAUCGUUAGCAAGCCCCCUUCGAAGGACGCAAGUUCGGACACAGUCCCAUCAGUCAACGCCGCCGAAGACACCAAUACACCUCACGAUACUCCUUCGAGCGACAAUACCACCGAAAAAGCAGGCAACCUCGACCAAGAUAUUAUUGCGGUAGAGGCAUUGAUGAUGCUGUGCGGGCAGUCCGAAGCUACCAACGCUUCUGGUUCCUUCAUCCCAGCUGAUUCCACAACGGCGCCCAGUCAGACUUCCACCACAGACGAUGCCCUGGCACCCAUCGCUUCUGACCGUAUCAUGCCGGCCGCUUCCGAUCCGGCGCAAAAUCAAGCUUCCACCUCAGGCGAUACGAGGUAUAGCACCAGAUUCACACCUGUCAAUCGACCCAGCAGCCAACAUAAUCGAAAGCCGGGCAUAGGUAACACUAGUCCACCAGCUCGGCGACCGCUACCGACUAUCAACGGCCAAACACAAAAAGACACAGUAGCCAAGAAAGAAGUCCAGCCUUGGCAACCGACCCCGGCGGCAGCGGUUGAAGCAGAUGUUGCAGCCGCGAGCGAGAAGCCCAAGAAGAAAGGUGCCGCAACGCAGUUGUGCGCAUGCUCGUUUUGCCGAACUUCCAACAAGAACGGAGUCGAGGUCAGUCUCAAGACGAAAAAGGAGCACACACGCGCCGACAAUGUUGUCAAUACUGGCAAAAAGCACACAAAGCCCUGUGACCGUUGUGCCAAUGGCGGCCUCGAAAACAGCUGCUUCUUCGACGGAGGGAGCGCUUGCUCGAAUUGUAUUCGGAAGAAAGAGCGGUGCUCCUUUGGCAAAGGCACGAGCAAAGGAAGAAAGAGAGAUCUGGAGAGGGUGAAGCAAGGGGAGAUGGAGGAGGAGGCACAGGAGGAUGAGAAGGAGCCGCCGGCAAAGCGGAGGCGUAGGGCUGCGACUAAGCCGGGCUCUCGACCUGCGAAGCAUCAGGCUGAGAAGUCCACUGCUAAUGGUCAUGCGAAAAGCCUCAAGGUCGACGGGUAA